AUGCUUCUACUUACCGCUUUUUGCACUGUUGGUUUCACGGCGCUUUAUCCUAUUUUAUUUUUCACUACUCUAACAAUCGCUUCAGAAGAAGAAAGCGGAGUGAAGGAAUAUCUGAUAGUCAUGGGAUUCAGAAGGGAGUUGCUCUCUUUAUCAAGUGUCAUCUUCGCAUUUCUUAAAGCUUUCAGCGUUAUGAUUCUUUUUGGAGCAGUAUCGUUUAGAAACUUUCUUGACAUGCUACCUACAGUGUUCCCAACGUUGCUGCUGUGCAUUAGUGCGGCUGCAAUGGGAUUACUAUGCGCGAGAGUAGUGAAGACAACUACUGCUGCAAUGAUAGGAGUAAAAAACAUCUACGACAAUCUAUUCGUUUAUGAUGAUGUUAUCAAUGUGGGAACGUCUUUCAUAUACCUGUUCUUCGCCUCAGCAGUAAUGAUCUUACUGGCCAUCCUCAUGGAUUUCGUGAUGCAUACGCGUAAUGUUCCUUGUUGCGACAGAAUGCUCCAACACAAUGAAAGCGUCCCCAAUGAUACCAGAACUUAUCGCGAAUCUUGGCACGAAAAGAUUGCGUCAACAGCUGAACCUGUGUUGUCAGUGGAAUCUGUGAGCAAAGUCUGGAGAAACACUGGCGAAAUUGCUGUGAACAACGUCACUUUGAAAGCUUACGGCGAACAGGUAAACUGUUCAAUCUUUUCACGAUUAUCAUGGCAACGAGCAUUUUGA